AUGGCCCGAAAGCUCAAUUUUCCCCGAGAGGGCUCUGUGACGUCCGUCAAUUCAGCCUCCCAAUUCCUUGCCGACAUUCGGGGAAAAACUAUUCAACCCGACCAAAUCAUGGUAUCCUUCGACGUUGUCUCACUUUUCACGUCCAUCCCACCAGACUUGACGCGCGAAGUGCUACGCAAACGUCUCGAAGAAAAGUACGACGAAACGACAGGGCCGCUAAAGAUCCAGCACCUUAUGCAGCUCUUUGCAUUCUGCCAACGAACCUUUUUCACCUUCGAUGGCAGAACAUACGAACAAAUCAAAGGAACACCCAUGGGUUCCCCAAUAUCCAGCCUAGUUGCGGAAUUGGUCGUACAAAAACUGGAAAAGGUUGCUUUCAGCCGUUACAAACCUGCGUUUUGGCGCCGAUACGUGGACGAUACAUUCCUCAUUAUUGAAAAGGACAAGCUAUCGGGUUUUCAAGACUUACUUAACAGCAUAUUCCCCGACAUUCAGUUUACAAGAGAAGACGAGGAGGACGAGAAACUACCCUUCCUGGACGUGCUCGUCACACGCACACCUGACGGUGAACUCAGCACUACAGUGUACAGAAAGGCGACCAAUACAACCCAGGUCCUCAACUAUUAUAGCAACCACCCAUUAGUGCACAAACGGGGCUGUGUGAGGGCGCUUUUCGAUCGGGUAAAAACGCACUGUAGCGAGCCCGAAAGAAGGAUGCAAGAACUACGGCAUCUCCGGGACCAAUUAACAAUCAACGGCUACCCACGCCGGGCAAGCGGAAGAGAGACACCAACAAUUUGGCACUCCCUACCGUACAUAAAUAAUGUAUCCGAGGCUACAGAACGCAUCGCGUCAGAGCUAGGCGUGGGCAUCGCUCAUCAUCCGGCGGCCACCAUGCGUAGCAGGAUCACGAAAAUAAAGGAUCGGCUGGACGCAGGUGUACAGUCGGGCGUAGUCUAUCGAAUCCCGUGCCAAAACUGUCCUUGCCACUACACAGGCCAGGCAGGACGACGUCUGAGCUCACGAAUACUUGAGCACAAACGGGCCGUUCGGAGAGGCGACCCACUGUCUCAAGUAGCCACUCAUACGCUGGAGGAAGGGCAUGAGUUUGACUUCGCCAACACGCGGAUAUUGGCGCGAGCCGGCAACAAGACAGGGCGAGAGCUGUUGGAGGCGUGGGUGUCGGACACCAACUCUAUCAACAGACACAUCGAUUUGCCUGCGUGUUAUCACGCGCUCCGCCCACGCAGCCAGGUGGCGCAGCUCACACCGUCACGAAGUACAAACGGCGUCACCACACCGGGGGAACAUCGUGGACCAGGCGGCACAAACCCUACCUAG